AUGGUUAGGCCAUCAGAAAAUGAAGAGCGAUAUUACUGCCGUAAAGGAAAUCAUGCAAGAAAUAUUCAAUUGAUUACUGAUGCGGACUUAAAUAUAUUGCAUGUUGAUGCUAUCUAUGGGGGAGCAACACAUGAUAGCUUCAUUUUCAAUCAUAGCAUCAUACGGAACCAUCUUGAGGACUUAGUGAAUGCUGGUGAAACUGUACAUUUGCUAGGAGAUUCUGGGUAUGCACAACGAGCAUACUUGAUGGUACCGGUGCCUAAUGUAGAAGAAGGUACACCUGCUGCACACUACAACAAACUCCACGCCACAGCGCGUAAUACCGUGGAGAGAGCUAUAGGCAGGCUAAAGGGGAGGUUUAGAUGUCUUCUGGUACACAGAGUACUACAUUACCACCCUGAUGUGGUUGCAAAAAUUGUAGUGGCAUGUUGUGUGUUACACAACAUUUGUAAUCGCGCAGGGCUACCGGCUCCUGCUUUGCACGACUACGAUAAUGAAGAGGAGUUACGUUUCCACACAGUCAUUCAUACACAAGCUGGGGCUAGAAAUGAAACAAUAUCUCAAGAGGCUGUAAUAGGACAGUCUAGUCGACAAGAACUAAUUAAUAUGCUAUGGCGAGCACGAUUACAUGCAUUGGAUUAA